UGUGUGCCCACAUAUAUCUAUCUGGGUACAUAUUGCGCAUGCAUGAGGUCACCGAAACAUUAGAGGCGGGCAUCUUCGGGUGCAGACUUCGUCUUUUAUGGCGGAACGAGAUGAAGCAGUAGUAUACGGCACCCGGAGGACGUCGGGAUUCCAUGCUCGGCCAGCCCGGUCGAUCGCCUCAGUGCUGCCAGGCGUGAAUAGCUCGGUCUGUGAUCGACAAGAUUGGCUCGGCCGACCGACUUUGGCUCGGCUGGGUUAAUGCUGUCGGCUAGUCUCGGACCGGCUAUAGCUACAGUCUCGGGUCGGCUGAUAACGUUGUACCUGCAGCACGCGAUCGAGUAUAUAGAGUGAUGUUUGACAAAUUUCUGAGUACAUCAUCUUGUUCAAUCAAUACACUCGGCCCAUUACACUUUCAUAUAAUCAGGCCUUAUUGUCCAUUGGGACAUCUGCACAUCCCCACUUGUCGAGAACAACAAAUCGACAUGUCUCGCCACAGCAGCAGCGGUAGCAACACGACCUUGCUUGCUUUGGCGGCCCUGCUGCUGCUCACCGCUGGACCUGUCUUCGGCGGCGGAAAGGAACAUGACCGCGAGAAGCCGCAGCACAAGCCCCCGCCGAAGCCUCCCAAGGAAAUCUGCGACAAAAUUCUUGUGGUGACUGAGAAGUUCAACGAGACCGCCUGGGUAACUCCUGCAGGCAUCAAGAUUGGUUCGGAUCUGUCCCGUGUUAUCGGCUACAGCCUUGGCUACAGGGAUCCCUUGUACCUGGGGGCAUGCGUCACGCCCAAGACAAAGAACGCCGUCACCGGUGGCACGGGCAUCUACAGGGGCGCUGAGGGCGUAGUGAAAGUGAAGGUGCUGAAGCAGGGCGAGGUGUACGCAUACAAGAUCGUGCUUGAGGACGAGCCCAAGUGCUAUGACAAGUAAUAAAUACUCUUAAUAAUUAGGAAUGAAGAACUGUUGGAAGAACAUGGUUUAUCUAUCAACUCCGGAUAGAAACGCCUGAUUUGAGCUAUCCAUCUGAUGAGAAUCAUUGUCCGACUGGUGAAGGGAUUGCUGCCCGCCUGCUACUCUGUUGUCGCCUGCACGCACGUAUGUAUGUAUGUACGCCGACGGUAACAGAUGCGCGUGAUCUAUACAAAUGUAGCUGUUAUCGUCCGAUCUGCAUUUGGGUGCUGGGGCGCUGACUUCCAGUCACACAGACAAUAGCCGAACAUGCAAACUGAAUGCAUGUGCAUGCAAGGGCUUGUCGCAUGCACGUAUGUAUCGUUUGUUGCUACUUGCUUGCCGUACGUGGAAAUAUGUUUUCUUCCGACACUGCGCCCUGCCAGCUCUAUCUCCCACGUGAUCUAUCCAGAUACACAUCCUCCGCGUAUGCUUCACGUAUGAAGGAUAUAUAGGGGUGCGGGCGUGUGUAUGUGCGUGUGAGUGCCGACCGUAGUAUGGAUAAGUGUCAGGCGGGCUCACGCCGGCCGUACAGUGGUAAUAACCAUCUGAGGAAGAAAUCGCUACCUCUAUCUGGCUGUGUAACAACGCUUACGGACG